AUGUCAGAUUCAGGUAUCACAAAAAUUGCCGAUGAAAAUCUCCUAUCGCAUUCGGCGCGUGUUAAAGGCAAGGUCCUCUUGAUUACUGGUGGCGCCAGUGGUAUCGGAAAGGCGACCACCCUCCAGUUCGCUGCACAGGGGGCCAAGGUUGUCAUCGGGGACAAGAAUAUAGGUGGUGCGCAGGCAACGGUGGACGAAAUCGUUGGUGCUGGGGGUUUAGCGGUAUGUGCAUCGUGUGAUGUUUCUGUUUGGGACGACGUCGUCGCAUUGUUUGAGUUAGCCAUGAAGGCAUACGGGGCUAUUGAUGUUGUGGUGAGUUUUCGAUCCUCCGUUCCCUCUAUCAAAGCCGGCUUUAUUCCUUGCGCGGGAGUAACAGAAAUAGGCAGGUUUGGAGUGGUGAAAUUCGAUACGAAUGGCAGGCCUCUCAAGCCAAACUUGGCUACCCUUGACAUCAACUUGAUUGGCACUUUAUAUACCGCGCAUCUCGCUCAACAUUAUCUCGCUCAAGGUCGAACUGAGGGAGAUCUGAAAUCUCUCGUACUGCUUGGCUCGAAUAGCUGUCACCUGAAAGAUUUCCUGAAAGCUUCAUGGAAGGCCAUUCGAAGAGGCACAAUGUACAGUGCCUCCAAGCACGCAGUACUCGGCACCAUGCGCUCUUUAUACCCCGAUUUUGCUGAACGAGGCAUUCGCAUCGCAGUCAUCAGCCCAUUCUUCGCCGACACACCCAUUAUUUCUCUGCCAGUGAAACUACUCUUGGCCGGUAUUCCUCUCACCCCGGUCGCUCGAAUUGUGGGCGCCAUCUUCUACUCCGCAACUGACCCCGACCCCGAUUCCAACGGUUCCGCUUGGUUGUUACUGGACGAUGGCCCUAUAUACCAAGUAUCGAAAGAAGACUUCAAGCUUGGCGUGUACAAGGUUCUCGAUGAACGGGUCAACAGCAUGCAGAAGGGUCUGUCAGGUUUGGCCUAUUACUCUCGGCUGACGAAAGACGUCAUCCGUCUUCUCAAGACGCCUCUGACGCUGACGCUCCUGGGUGGCAUUGUUUGGCAUCAACAGAACAACAUUCGACAGUUUGUGCACCUGUAG